AUGUUCGAGAAAAAGUUUAACAUUGAAGUACAAACUUUACAGCCUUUACGUGAGUUUCUUGCACAACUGAAAGAAGAAGGUAGUCAGCCACAACUUAUAGACUUUCAUUAUGAAUUUAAUGAAAAUGAAGAUGGAACACAUGACUGUCAGUUUGUUAUAUAUUCACCAUUCAAUGAAGUAGCUAAAGAGAAAGAAAAUCCAUUACGUAUAAGAUUUCAAAUCUCUGAACCAAGUGAUGAUUUCAAGAAUGUUUUCAAUUAUGAUGCAAUGCUUCCGAGGAAAAAUGAAUUUUCAAAGAUUGUAACACCUGGCAUUUGGGAUAGAAAGCAAGCUAUUCUUUUCUCUAAUAUAGCCAAAGGCGUUGAAAAUGAGUUCAUUGGUCAUACAAGAACUUCACCACUUCCUAACCCUAAAUACUAUAAAUUAACUGGCUUCAAUCGUGAGUUUUGGAUAGACAUGUUCUCCACUCAUGACCAUAACUGCCCAGUGUUCUUACCUCCAGACCAUAAGGACU